UUACAACCAGAACAUUUUGACCGUUGAAUUUCGGUGGAAUAGUUUAAAUGAGCCGGUAAAUAGUGCUUUGUGUGAGAAGAUAAACGGUUGCGAUUUCUUUUUAUCGUUGAAAAUGUUUCCUAAAAAAACAAUCGCUGCAAUCUUUCAAGAAAUUACCGAUAAACGAUUCAAACGGAAUUUCUACGUUUCGUUGACGAUACGAAGAAGUCAGUGAAGAUGAAUGUGAAUUUGAGAAUCGUUCCAAAGAAGAAAUCAGACACUUGUUGAAUGAAAAGUGAAGGUGUAAGGUAUUGAACAAAGACAGAGACAGAAAAUAAAACGGUUGAACAAUAAAAGAUUCGUGUAAAAUUCUUUGUUAAAUUCUGUGUCAGUUGCAAUCUUGAUCUCAAACAAAUCAUAAUUGUAUUGAUAGAAAAAAUAAAGUGAUAAAAAUCGAACACCGCCGCCGCCAUGGUUCGCUGGAUAUUUGUGACGAUUAUCUUGACCACUUCCAUUCUAUGGACAGCCAAUGGAUUUCUUUUUACGCCGAAAUUUCAAAUUUUCCUCAAUCAAAUGCGCGAAUCGGGUGCACAUAAGGAAUUCGUCGUUUCAUGGGAUUUUAAUAAACAUAACGGUUUCAGUCAUACAACCAAUCAAUUUGGUUUAAAUCCAACUCUGUUGGAAUAUGACUUUAUCGUAGUUGGGUCUGGGCCAGCUGGCUGUGUUCUGGCAAAUCGAUUGUCGGAGAAUCCAAAAUGGAAGGUUCUGUUGUUGGAAGCUGGAAAGCCACAAACAAUUGGCCAUUAUGUUCCAUCCAUCGCUGCAUACUUUCAAUCGACUGAAUCCAACUGGAAUUACUUGGCAGAGCCGUCUAAUAACUUUUGCCUGGGAAUGGAAGGAAGACGAUGCGCGCUACCAAGAGGUAAAGUACUCGGUGGGUCUUCGGUCAUAAAUUACAUGAUUUACAAUCGUGGCAAUCCCCGAGAUUUUGACGAUUGGGUUAGACUCGGAAACGAUGGAUGGUCGUACAGAGAAGUGUUACCAUACUUUUUGAAAUCGGAACGUGCCAAUUUGCGUGGCAAAGAAAAUUCACCGUACCAUAAUCGAGCCGGUUCAUUGAGUGUGGAAGAUGUACCCUGGCGUAGUCGAAUUGCACGCGCUUUUGUCAAAGGCUCAAAGCAAGUUGGGCACCGUGAAGUUGAUUACAAUAGUAAUGAACAAAUUGGCGUUAGCUUUGUACAAGCCAAUACGUUAAAAGGUCGUCGACACAGUGCAGCUACCGCAUUUAUCGAUCCAAUCAUGUACAAACGGCCAAAUUUACAUGUUCUACUGGAGGCGCGUGUUACCAAAGUACUCAUCGACCCGGCAACUAGAAAAGCAUACGGUGUUGAGUAUGCGAAGAACAAACGGAAAUAUCAAGUGACUGCAUUGAAAGAGGUCAUUCUAUCAGCAGGUUCAUUUAAUUCACCGCAAUUACUAAUGCUCUCGGGUAUUGGACCGGCUGAAGAAUUACAACGUGUAGGUAUUCCCGUUCUACAAAAUUUGCCCGGUGUCGGACGAAAUAUGUACGAUCAUAUGAGCCACUUUGGGCCGACGUUUAUCGUUAAUACAACCAGAGAAUCCAUAUCGGUUGCACGCAUCAGUUUACUUGAUAUGAAACAAUAUCUUCACGGUCAUGGGUUUCUAACGUCAAUCGGUGGCGUUGAAGCAUUGAAUUUUAUUAAGACGCCCAAUUCAAGGGCUCCUUCCGAUUUGCCGGAUGCUGAAUUGAUUUUUGUCAGUGGAAGUUUGGCAUCGGACCAAGGAAGUGGAUUGAAAAAAGGGAUGCGAAUUACCCAAGAGGUCUAUGAUACCGUUUUUAAGCCACUUGACCGUCCGGAUAUUGAUCAUUUUUCGGUACUUGUGAUGGGUUUCCAUCCAAAAUCACGUGGAUGGUUGGAAUUGAAGGACAAAAAUCCAUUCCAUUGGCCACGCAUCUAUCCGAAUUACUUUGAAGACCCUGACGAUGUGGAAACUCUUUUGGGUGGCAUUAAAGAAUCGAUUCGUAUCGCCAAUUCGCCGGCUAUGCAAAAAUUGGGCGCUCGACUCCAUGACAUACCACUGCCACAAUGUGCUCAUUUACUUUUCGCUUCGGAUGACUAUUGGCGUUGUUCGAUUCGCACACUCUCGUGCACGCUGCAUCAUCAAGUGAACUCCUGCCGUAUGGGGCCGGCCACUGAUCCAACAGCCGUUGUCGAUUCCAAAUUACGUGUUUAUGGUGUGAGGCGAUUACGCGUCGCCGAUUGCAGUAUUGUACCACAGCCAAUAACGGCUCAUACCAACGCAGUCAGUUUUAUGAUUGGAGAGAAAUUAGCCGACAUGCUGAAAGCCAAGUGGCUGCGUCAGCCACCACAAUGAGAUUAAAUAGCAGAAACCGUUCCAAAAUUAGGCUAAGCUAUUUAUUUAUUCUAUUUAUUUCGCAGCGAAAAUUGUAGCCAAUGAGUAUAUAAAUAUACGAUUACGACAAGACAA